CUUGCAAUUGUAUUUACUUUUUCAUCCAUUUUCAAUAGAAAUUGCCAUUUUUUUCGAAAUUUCAUUUCCAUUCGAAUGUUUAUGUGUAAACAACACAGAUUUAUGCCCAAAUCAUAGCUCACAAGUUGUUCAAAUCGGAUUAAUUUACAAAUCAAUCAUUUAUCAUUUUAACAAAAAAAUGAGAAAACAUUUCUUUGACGUCAAUUUUUUUUUGUUAAUAAAACAAUGCCUUGUCUGCCGUAUCUCUUGUUAGUACAACAUUGUCGAUGGAAUGGGAAAAUCAACAAACUUGUCGUUCGGCGUUAUAUUGUUAUAUGCCGAGUUAGUCGUUUCGAAGACAAUGAAUGUGAACAUGUCGCCCACCUUUGCUUAUUGGUUGCAUUAUUCAUUCUAUACGAUUGUUAUCAUCACUAUUCCCGUGUUUUACCUACCACUUUUAUUGCAAUUGAAUCCGUUGGCAAUAGCCUAUCUAAUAUGGUAUAUCUAUGAUUUCCCCACUUGUGAUCGUGGUUCUCGACCAUGGCCAUGGUUACGAAGCCUAGGGUUCUGGUCAUAUUUUACCGAUUACUUUCCAAUACGUUUGAUUCGCACGACAGCAUUGCCAUUAUCGGCCGAUCGGAACUACAUAUUCGCCUGUCAUCCACAUGGAAUAUUCAGUAUCGCCACCGUUCAUUCACUCACUACUGAUGGUCAACAAUUUUCACGACUAUUUCCCGGUCUCGAUUCACAUAUGGUUACCGUAUCUCAACAAUUUUGGCUGCCAUUCUAUCGUGAAAUUCUUCUCGCAUUGGGCUAUUGUUCGGCUAAAGCCCAAAGUAUUGAAUACAUUUUAAAACGGAAAAAAUCCAACGGACAAGUCGUAGCCAUUAUGAUUGGCGGCACUCGUGAAGCUAUGGAAUGUUCGCCACAACAAUUAGUGAUGAUCGUUAAGAAACGUCGUGGUUUUUUACGUUUAGCACUGAAAAACAGAGCAUCCAUUGUACCCGUUAUAUCGUUUGGCGAGAAUGAUCUCUAUCACAAUGUAGAUAUGCCCAAUUGGCCGUGGAUAGAGUCGGUACAAGAAACAAUAAAAUCUCUACUUGGAUUUCCAUUCAAAUUGUUCUAUGGAAAUUGCCUGUUAUUUCCUCUUCGAAAACCAGUUUGGACUAUUGUCGGUGAACCAAUCUUGAUCGAUGAAGAAAUAUGUCAACCAACCGAACAAGACAUUGAUCAUUUACAAAAACAGUACAUUGAAGCCUUACGUAGAUUAUAUGAACAAUACAAACAUCAAUGUAAUGGGGAUUGCCACAUUCAAUUGGUGAUCAAAUAG